AUGGCACUGUCUAUCGUAAAUUUUAAAUAUGGACUUCUGGAAGAUGAUGACAUAGAUGAACUGAAUACGAUGAUGAAAGUUACUCCUUUAGAUAACCUAGUGUUUUGCAAGGGACCUGGUCCCUUCAACUGUACUUCAUGUCAUCUUAACACACAACUAUAUGUUGAUGAAUAUCGAUGUGUGCCAUGCUGCAAGGAUGCUGGAUUGAUGGAAACUCAGGAAUGUUGUAACUGCACUGUAAUGUCAGAUGAGUGUAUAUUGGUCAUUCCUCAUUUGCCAGAGAAUAUCAGAGGCAAAGCAGUGGCUUUGACAGUGGCGUUAUUCAUUUUGUUGAGUGUCAUCAUUGGGGCCUCUGUUUUCAUAUGGAGAAGACUGCGAGCCAGACCUAUGUCUGUUAAUCAGGUUGGAUAUAAGAAGUUGGCAGACAAUGCAAAGGCUCUCAGUUCUUUCAAGAACAAUCACUACCAGAGCACCAGCUACCCAGAAAAUCAAGUGAAUGAAUACAAGGAUCGGGAUGAUGAUGAUGACGACGAUGAAGAUGACAAUGAUAUUGUCUAUAUGAGCCGUGAUGGCACUGUCUAUCGUAAAUUUAAAUAUGGACUUCUGGAAGAUGAUGACAUAGAUGAACUGGAAUACGAUGAUGAAAGUUACUCCUUUAGAUAACCUAGUGUUUGUACAAGUGUCAUUGCAUUUGUAAUGCUUUGUUGAAUACGUUACUGGAAGAUGUAUGUAAAUUUAGUACAAGUUCAGAAUUUCACCUAAAUGAUAAAAAUAACCACUUAGUACAUAUCUGCAAAUACUGUGGUAUUAUGCUUCCUCACUAUUUGGUUGAACAAAGCAAUCCUCCUCCAUCAUACGAAAACCAUGGUAGGGUACCACUUUUAGUAAAUGGUUGUCUGUAUUCACUCAUGUUUCAAGUAUGUUUCUUCCUGCAUUUUUAUAUUAAAAUUAUAUCAUUCAAAUCAUGAAGCGCUUGUCUGAGAGAAAAUGUUUCUAAUAAAAUAGAAAUUUCUUGAAUUAAAUUGCCUACACUUUUCCAACAUUGGACAAAAUAGAACCAUUGAUGCAGGACUCUGUUUUAACUUUCUCUUGUGUCGCACACUAAUAGACUGAUGAAACAAGGAAUAAUAUGGAUUCAGACUACGCAGAACUGAAAAAUGAAUAAAUGCAAUAGCCUAACCAUGAAUAUGAACAACUGAAUGUAAUAAAA